AAACUAAUAUUCAAAAUGUCAAUUCAAAAUCUGCUGAGGACUUCUAGGUCGAAUUAUGGUUUGCAAUUUGCAAGUUUAUAUAGAUUGACUUCGAUAAGAAGAUAUUCCACAAAAGUGAAUGUAAUACAAGCAAAUAAUAUACAAAUGAACGCCAGUGUAAAGGACAAGCCUAUUACUAACACUAGCGAUACCAAGAGUUACUCAUUUGCAAAUAGACGUAGGGCUAUUCGUGGAUUAAAAAAUCAUUAUUAUUAUAUAUAUAUAAUGUUUUUUCAAAAUAUUCAUAUUUCUAAACUCCCUAUUUCUGUUACUCAUCAAGAUAUUGAAAUGUUAAUUCAAGGAAUUUAUCCUGACAAUGAAAACCCCAUCAAUAAAUAUAUUCCUAAGGAAAUUCAAAUGGAUCCAUUAAAUUAUCGUGUUGGCAAAUGUAUUAUUUUAGCAGGACUGCCGCGGGACGUAACCAAAUCCUAUCUAGAGGAAUAUUUAAUACAAAAAUCCAACAAACGCUUUGAACUUGCUGAUGUUACUCGAGAGGCUGCAACUAUAAGUGAUACAUCAAAAUGGUUAAUAUUAUCCAAUAGUUCGGAAGAUAUUUAUUUCAUAUUUGAUAGAAUACAUAAUAACAGAUAUGGCUUUAGUGAAGGUUCUCCCUCAGAGAAAGGAUUUAAAAUAGAGGCUCAAACUGCGUUAGACUAUAUUAAAGGACAUGAAGUAUUUCCACACACAAAAGUAAUAGUGUAUCGGGCGCAGUAUGGUAUGAUUAUUUAUAAUUUGUUGAAAGUUUCAGGUCUUAUAGUUGAUGAAUUAGCUAAAACUGAAGGUGGGAAAGAUAUACAAUCAUUAUUUCGUAGGAUCAUGUUAACAUGUUAA